AUGCUCAGCUGUGUGACUUGGUUUAAUGAGCGAGUCCUACAUCCUUUGAGCAUUCGAGAGGUUCUUGCUUGGUCUGCUUUCGUGCAGAGUGUUGCACAUUCUUCUCUGGGCUUCGAAAGAGGAGUAGAAAUGUUUAUUCAUGGCGGGUGCAUGACCAUGGUAGACAGCUUGGGCCUUGGAAAUCAGCUUGUGGACACAGAGUGUAUCUCCUUUGAGAAAGAGGAAGAGAAAAACUCUGGUGGCCUGACAGCUGCACAGAGGGCAAUCCUAGCGCACCUGGUAGAGCAGCUUGACAAGAAGGAGGGCGGCCAUUCCAUGUUCGAAGGUCUCAAUGAUCAAAGCAGAAAGGCCAUCCGAGAGGCUUUUGGUCAAGGUGGAUUUGCUUGGGUCCGUCAUCGCAGAUGCGAGGAGAAAUUUCUGGACUUUGGGGGUUUCAAGAUUUCGGUAAAGGACUCAGAGGACAUUGACAUGGUCGCAGGCGAAUCCGCAGAGUUUGAUUUUGGAGCUCCAGCUGCGGCAUGCAAUGUCGGCCGCUUGGUGCGAGCUUUGCAGCAGCCCAAGGCAGUACUCUUGGAAGGUCCACCUGGCCUUGGGAAGACAGCAACGGUGCAAGCUCUGGCCAAAGCGACUGGAAGACGUUUGCUACGUGUGAAUCUCUCGGAGCAAACCGAUUUGCUGGACCUAUUAGGUUCCGACUUGCCCACGCCUGGCAGCGAGGCCGCUCGAUUUCGCUGGUGCGAUGGAGCUUUGCUGCGAGCCAUGCGACAGGGCGACUGGGUUCUUUUGGAUGAGAUUAAUUUGGCUCCGCAGGCCACUCUGGAGGGCUUGAAUGCGUUGCUGGACCAUCGGCGAGAGGUGUUCCUUCCAGCUAUUGGACAGACAGUUGCGGCGCAUGAAGGCUUCAGGCUUUUUGCAGCACAGAAUCCUGUUGCCACUGGAGGUGGCCGCAAGGGGCUUCCCAGGUCGUUUCUCAAUCGCUUCACUCGGGUGGUGCUAUCUCAAUUGUCACCUGCAGACUUGCGGCACAUCUGCCGACAUGUUCAUGCUGCAGCACUGGGAGAAGAAGUGGUUGAUCGGGCAGUGGCUUUGUUGGAAGAGCUGCAAAAAGUCUCCCAUGGACAUGGUGACACAGGCCCAUUCCAAGCUCACUUGGAGUUUGACUGGAACCUUCGAGAUGCCUUGCGGCUGUGCGAGCUCCUUCGCGCGAAGGUCCCAUUGGCGGACUUUCACGCAUCGGCGGAACUGCUCUUUGUGUCUCGACUACAAUGUGAGCGCGACCGAGCAGUUGCAGUAGAGGUCAUUAAGAGGAUCUUGCCCCUGCCACAGUGUGCUGAGGCUAGAGCGGCACUGGAGAUCAUUCUCGUCUUCACGUGA